UGCACAUCAAUGCCACAUAUCAGUGCCCAUCUGAGCGCCUUUCAGUGUCACCCAUCACUGCCAGUCAGUGCCACCUAUCAAUGCCAGUCAGUGCCACCUAUCAGUGCUGCCAAUCAGUGCCACCUAUCAGUGCCAUCAGUGCAGCCUAUCAGUGUGCAUCAGUGCUGCCUAUCAGUGCCGCCUAACAGUGCCAGUCAGUGCCACCUAACAGUGCCAGUCAGUGACGCCUAUCAGUGCCAGUCAGUGCCACCUAUCAGUGCUGCCUAUCAGUACCAUAUAUGAGUGCUGCCUUUCAGUGCCCAUCAGUGAUGCCUGUCAAUGCCCAUCAUUGCCACCUACCAGUGCCUCCUCAUCAGUGCCACCUAUCAAUGUCCAUCAGUUUAGCCUCAUUAG